AUGGAAAAAGAACAAAAUAAACCUAAAAUGCCCUUCAAGUAUAUAAAAAAAGAUACAACAAGGAAUAGAAGUAAUUUAGAUAUAUCAGUUAUAAGAAAUGCUUUAGACGACAUUGAUAAAGGAAAAUCUAUUAGAGGUGCUGCUUUGGAAUACGUAACGGAUAGGGAAAUUACUAGUGAACUUCAAGGGCAGGAGGUUCCUUCAGUUGCUUCGCCUUCAUUAACUCCCAAAGACCCUCCACAUGUAACUAUGGUUGAAUCACCUUCAACAUCAAUUAUACAACGUCAGUCAGAGCCUUCAACAACUGCAUCAGUAUUCAUGAGCAAUAUGGAAGAAACUGCGAGAUCUGAAGCCAGUUCACCAUCAAUUUUAACGGAGGAACAUUCUGGGUAUGCAAUCCUAAUUUUAGAACAAUCAAAAGAGGUGGCUACAACAUCUCAACUUCUGGAUAUUUCAACUGUAGACUCAAGACAAAAGCCAAAAAUAAUUUUACCAGAAAUAAUUCGACCUUUUCCAAAAUCUGCACCUAGAAAAAGUAAACGUUUUGGUAGACAGCCUGGGAAAACUAAAAUUUUAACUAAAACACCAGAAAAACAAGACUUAGAACAAGACCAUUGUAAACCGAAAAAGAUGAAAACUAAAUUAACUAAAAAUAAACAGAAAGGCAAAACAAAGAAAAGAACUGUCAAAAGACAAGUUUUACAGUCAAGUGAAAGUGAGACAGAUCUUGAAGGAGAACCCAAGUAUGUUAGCUCCGAUAGCACAUGGGAUGAAUUACCAGAUAGAAGUGAUAGUUGGUUUUGUUUCGUAUGUGGGGCGGACGAAAAGAUAGACAUGAGACUUUGUAUGAUUUGUGGCAAAUAUGUCCAUGAAAUGUGUGUUGGAUUGUCUAAAGAAGAUAAGGAAGAGUUUAUUUGCCCUCUCUGUUCUAAU